GCCACAGUCAGCCAGCAGCUGCAGCCACAAGCCAGUGGAUUCCGCUCGGUGGAUUUGCACAGGCUCUGUGAGGGAGUAAAGAGGAAGAGAUAGAUAGAGAGAGAGAGAGAGAGUGAGAAAAAGAGAGCCAGGGUGCGCGCGGGGGUGUCAUUUUUGCUACGGGAACACAGGAAAGGCAAAAAUAACCACCAUCCAUAUCCUUCAAGCUCAUUUCCUGCGAGAAACAACUGGCUGUUCCUUUACGAUUCUGACUGCGUAUGAAUUCCAAUUGGAUUUUAAUUUCAUUUCGCUUACGCCAAAAAGGAAAGAAAAGCCAAACAACGGAGGAAAAGUUUUCAAACCAUCGAAAGUGAACUGGUAGUGUGAAUCCUGCAAGAAAACCUAGCACAUCGGCAGAAAGAAAAGGAUAAGGAGAAAAACGGACAAGAUACGGAGCGAAAAGGUGGCAAAUUAUGAAACCUGCAUUAUCAGCGGCAUAUGGCACUAGCAUCAAUCGACGUACACUUUCCAGUCCACUCAUCGCACCGGGACAAGUGGCACAUGCAUAAUCAGCCAGAAGGCGUAGGCGAAGAACACUUCCGGUAAAGAAAGCAAAAAAAAUAACCGGGGAGUCAAAGACCCGCAACCGAACAGUUACGAAACCGGUGAGAAGAAAACGGAGGCGGAGGAGGAGGAGGAGGAGGGCGGAAAGGUGUACGGUCGCUGCCAUCCAACCAGCUCCCAUCCCCACCCACUACCAGAAAAAAGCGAUGAACAUCCGUACGAUAAUAAUGUUCGCGUUGCCCUGGAAACGGUCGUCAACGCUUCUGGUGGUAGAGCUGCUACUGUCGUUGCUGGCACUUGCCGGGCUGACUAUCCCAUCCUCGGCCAGCUCGAGCGAGGAAACGCUAGACGCCGAUGCGACCGUCGAGUUUGCCGGUGGACCGGUGGCGGCGGAAAUGUUAAAAGCACAUCCGGCCGGUGGCGCAUUCUCCGUGGACGACGGUUCGCAGCCCGUUUUUCCCGAGCGACCGGAUGCAGUGUACUUUGCGGUGGCGGUAACGGGUGGCGCGAAGCUAUGGGGCCGUACGCUGGCCCGCACGCUGAUCGACAUGGGCCCUCCGUUCGGGCAUCCGCAGGGCCCGCCGCUCCGACCGAUCUACAUCAACCUGCCGGACAGUGGCCGUUUCUCGUCCAAGCUGAUGACGACCACGUGCGACUCGAUCGACGGCAUGCCACUGUCCGGGAUGGUGAUCGUGGGCGACAGUCCGGCGGCCAAAUCGUUAGCGCUGGCCGGGAACGCGAUGAAGGUGCCCGUACUGUGGGCGAAGGGAGGCAUUGCUACACUGCACAACUCCUACGAUGAGCUAUCAACCAAAUUACAAGCAAUACUGCAGCCAUCCUCUAGGGAAAUUUUUGAAGCCAUUAGAGCAACCUUUUUACAAGUUCACUGGCAUUCAUACCAUAUUCUGUGCGAUGUCGAUACGUACGUGCUUAUAAGCGGCAAGAAGGGCGCCCCGCUACGCCAGAAGCCGCUCAAUCCAAUCAUAGUAACACUACCAACGAACUUUGAUUUAAUUUACAAAAAACUUGCCUUCAUUUCACGAUCCACCAAGGGCGUGGUGCUGGUCCUGUGCAACCUGAAGGUAGCGCGGCUGAUCAUGGCCGAAGCGCAGCGCAUGAAGAUGCUGAACGGACACUUCGUCUGGCUGUGGAUGGACACGACGUCCGCGACCGAGUUCUACGAUUCGGGCCAACCGUCCUACGAUCCGAAGCAGCAGCAACCGCUGGACGUGGGCCUGGGCGGUCGCAGCGAGCUCGAGACGGACUUUUACGACACGUUCGACCUGCGGCACCAGUCGCACCUGGCCGAUCUCGUCGAGCGUCGGAUGGAGUUUGAGGACUUUGAUCCACGGUUACGCAAAAAUCGAACCCGCUCCUACUUGGACACCGGUCACUCGCAGGCCCGGUUUGGCAGUGCGGCUCUAAUCAAUCCCAAGCAGGAUGGCGCGGUGACCGAGUCGGGCAGCGGCGCAAAGCAGGGCAAAGCACGUCGACCAACUAGCAGCAGUAAAGGUGAGAAAGCGCCCAAAAAUGGAGCAAGGGGCAAGAUGAACAACAACAAUAACAAUACGGUGGUUAAUGUGGCCCGCCGCACCGAACGGUUCGAUGAGCUGCCAGUGGAUUCGGACGAGUUUGAAGACUUUGAGGACGAGCGGGCAUUGCCACUGAGCGCAACGACGACGACGGCGGUGGAGGCAGAGCAGUACCCCACCGCGGAAGGGUCGGAGAUGAAGCUGAAGCGUAGCAGCGAGUACCUGAAACCGCACAACUCUUCCGGCCACGUGCUGUAUCAUCACAAUCAGGACUUCCCGGUGGGGUUGCUCGCGCUGCGACCGAUCAAGAUGAAGAUCGAUCGCCAUUUUAUUCGUGCGGCCGUGCGACUGUUUGCCGCCACCUGGGCCAAGGUCGAGCGGGACGAUACGCCGGCCGCCGGGGGCGGCAAAGGACGUGGUGGACCAUCGGGACGGGACGGUAGUGCGGGGCCGACGGGCGGUAGCGCCAGCGGACGCGGUGGCAGUGGCACCCAGGACCAAACGAAAGGGCCUCCCCAGAGCCAGCGGGAACGCCAGCAGCGACCGAUGCAGAUGCAGCAGAAACGUUCCGUACCGGGCGGCGACCGGCAGCAACAGGGAGACGAAAUUUUAACAUUACCAGUUAACAGUGCAAAUACUCAACCAAGUGUUCACGAACCUAGUUUAACGAGCCAGCAGCAGGAGGUGGUCGUACCAGUGCACGGAACGAACGAUAUUAUUUCGCCUAUAAGCAAUAGUAGUGCAAAUUUACGUGAUGUCAGUAGUACAAAUAGUUCUAGAGUUAAGCGUCAAAGCACCUGGUGGUCGGCGACCACGAAUCACAAAUACAACACGGACCGAGCUGGCAGCGGCAGUGCAGGAGGAGGAGGCGAUGGACGUGGGCGAAGUCGGGGCGGUGCCACACGGUACAAGGGCGGCUGCAUGGGUACGAUCAAUCGGGUCGAGCUGGCUAAAGCGUUCAACUUUGCGAAGAAUCUACAGCAAAAUGCCCGGCAGGCACUGUCCGGCUUUCCGAUCGCUAGCGGGUUCAUCGAAAAGUCGCUCGUGAGCCAUUUUGAAAUGCUGAACCUCGUGCCGUCAGCGAGACAAUCAUCAUCAACACCAAGGGGAGACUACCACCAUGCGGAUCGAGGAGAGGGAGGAGCAAGAUACACCAACCCAUCGGUUAAUGGAACGGCGCCUAAUACGGCUGGAACCGGUAUCACUACCAAAUGGCGUCGCGUGGGCCUCAUUACGGGACGCUCGGUACAUCUCGAUACGAUAAUAUGGCCCGGCGGAGAUGUCACCGUGUCCGGACUGGCCGGCAAAGCGAAAACCAUGUUCCGCGUGGUCGUUUCCGUCGCACCACCGUUCGUGAUGGAAUCGUCCGUCAACGAGGAGGGCCAGUGUUUGCGCGGGCUCAUCUGCUACCAAAUAUACACCACCGGCCGGCACAAUCUUACGCUUAUGUUCAACGAAAUCGAGCGGCGCAAUCGGUUGAGAGAAAUCCAGCCAGCUUCUAGCCUGCACCUGCAGGAGGAGCCGCGCCAGAAGUAUCCACUCUAUCGAACACGAUGCUGUUACGGCCUGUCGAUGGAUUUGCUCCAGAAGCUGGCCACGGAAAUUAACUUCGAUUUCCAUCUGUACAUCGUGCACGAUGGAUUGUUCGGACGGAGAGUACCACCGCCGCCGGAACCGACAGAACCGCCAACGAACGUUAGGAAACCGGCAGUACCCACGCACGUGGAAUCACAGUCAAAGUUUGACGCUCAAUCGGGAAGAAGCCUCAAACGAGGCUCCAAGUUGAAGCUCUCACAAGGUGGAAUUAACGCCACCGUCAGGGAUGAAGGACCUCAGUACCCAUUCGAAGUUCCCGCUGCCCCUCCGGUACGCACACGCCAACUGUGGAAUGGCGUUAUUGGUGAUCUUAUCUCCGGAACAGCCGAUCUUUCCUUUGCACCACUAAGCGUUUCCAAAGCUCGUUCGGAGGUGAUCGAUUUUACGAUACCGUACUUCCACGGUGGCGUUUCCCUGCUGGCAGCACCGGAAGCUGCCACCGAUAUACCGCUGCUAGCGUUUCUACUGCCCUUUUCACCCGAGCUCUGGAUAGCGAUCUUCACGUCGCUCAACGUAACUGCCGUGGCCGUAGCGAUCUAUGAAUGGUUGAGCCCGUUCGGGCUGAACCCGUGGGGACGGCAGCGAAGCAAAAACUUUAGCAUGUCAUCGGCUCUCUGGGUAAUGUGGGGUCUGCUCUGUGGACAUUUGGUCGCUUUCAAGGCACCGAAAUCGUGGCCCAACAAAUUUCUCAUCAACGUAUGGGGUGGCUUCAGCGUCAUUUUCAUUGCGUCCUACACUGCCAACAUUGCGGCGCUGAUAGCGGGCCUACUGUUCCACAAUGAGGCGAAAUACUACGAAAUGUCGAUGCUCACCCAACGAGUUGGUUCGCCGAUUGCCACAGCCGCCGAAUCGUACGUUCAGCAGAACGAUAAGCGGCUCUGGGAGCACAUGAAAAAAUAUCAACUCCAAAGUAUCGACGAAGGCAUCGAGCGGUUAAAAAACCGCACCAUCGAUCUACUGAUGUGUGAUACUCCAAUAUUGGAUUACUACCGUGGUACGGACCAAAGCUGCUCCUUGCAGCGUAUAGGUGAUAAUUAUAUUGAAGAUUCCUACGCGAUAGGAAUGUCCAAAGGGUUCCCACUAAAGAAGACCAUGUCCGCACUGAUCUCGAAGUACUCGCACGAUGGCUACCUGGACAUACUGACCGCCAAAUGGUACGGCGAUCUGCCAUGCUUCAAGCUAGAUCGCGAAAUGGCCCAGCCGAAACCGCUCGGUGUGACGGCGGUUGCCGGUGUCUUCCUGCUGCUCGGCGUCGGUAUGGUGCUCGGCGUGCUGAUACUGAUCAUCGAGCACGUGUUCUACAAGUACACGCUGCCGAUACUGCGCCACCAGCCGAAGGACACGAUCUGGAAGAGCCGCAACAUCAUGUUCUUCAGCCAGAAGUUGUAUCGGUUUAUCAACUGCGUUGAGCUGGUUUCGCCCCACCAUGCGGCCAAGGAGCUGGUGCACACGAUCCGCCAGGGCCAGAUCACGAGUCUGUUCCAGAAGAGCGUCAAACGGAAGGAGGAUGAGCAGAGACGGCGCCGCAAGAGCAAAGCCCAGUUCUUCGAAAUGAUCCAGGAAAUACGCAGAAACAUCAAACUCGACAGGGUGCAGUUAGACACGGACGUGGACGCAUCACUGUCGGCUACGUCGGAGAGCACCUCGCAAGCGCUGCUUCCCGAGAUCCAUCCAGCCGGAUCGCGCCUGUCAGCGUCAGCCUCCGCGAGCCGGCGAGCCAGCCCGGGCAGGCUUUCGAGGGCCGGAUUCGGGUUUGGCCGAUCGCGCCAGGACGGUGGCAGCAAGAGCUCGUCCUUCUCUUCGUCGCUUAACGUGCGGCGCUUCAGCACCGACAGUAUCAUCAGCGAGCGGCUCGGGACGAUCGGUCGACGGUUGAGCCGUGAUGCGGCCACCAGUUCACCGCCCGACCUGUCCCAUCACUUCGAGACGUUUGGCAAGGGUGCCGCCAGCGCCGCCGGUUCGGCGGAACCAGGCUCGAGCUCCAAGUUCGACACGUACUCGGGUAAGAACAACAGUAGGGAAAGUGUAUCCGUGUUCAAGUGUGACACGUUCAACGGCAAACUAACAGCGGCCACGGGCGGGCUAGACACGGUGGACGCCGGGUCGGGCGACACCGUCGGGACCGAGGGGCGUGUGAAACCGGACGGCGAGGAGAAACCGAUCCUGCCGGUCAAGACCAAAAAGCGCUCCCGCCGCUCACCGCUGAACCUGGAUCUGUACGAAUCGAGCCGCAGGCGGCUCAUUCCCAUCAAUGAACGAGUAGCGCACGGACUAGCGCCACCCUUUCUCGAGGCGGACACGGGCAGCGCGAUGCUGAGGGACAAGCUGCACGAAGAACUGCGGCUAAAGUAUGGCCAGACGCGAUGGAAAGGUGCGGACGUGGAGGAGGCAAUAGUGGCCGUACCGGCCGAAGUGGGGAACCACAGUACCGGCAGUAAACCGAAGCGGCCCAGCCGCCGUACAUAAUAGGUCGGAAUGGGGAAGUAAGAAGUAAACACCAAACUCUAACAUAACCGUAUAGGCAUCCUUAUAGCGCUUGGAGCGAGCGCCGUUUAGAACGGUCGCCGGAACUCCAGCUAUCCAGCUAAUCGAAUGUAGCGACUGUAGUUGGUAUCAAAACAGUGAUACGAACCUUCCAAACAAAACUUUAGCACCUGAUAACAAGGAACCUGAAAUGGGAUUUUUAUGCGCGCGAAGAAGCAGUCGGGAGUGUGCAGGUUGGGAGGGGAAUGGGUGGAAGUUCUCCGUUUUCUAAGAAGACACACACACACACGGGGUAAAGGUAUCUAAAUCGUCGAGCGGCGACGACAAGCAAAGUCGUCACUGUAACCGGCAUCAGAAAUCAAACAAACUGUAGCAGCUACUGCCGGUUUUAACAAAUGCGUACGUAUCCUAAUCAGUGAUUGAUCGUUAUCUAUUAACGAAUGAUAUUUAGACCUCCGUUUUAUCGUUUGCCUACUCAUGGCACACCCAGGCGUUCGGUCCUUCCAGUAAAAGUCAGAAGACAAGCAGAAGGCAACUAGACAAGCAAAACCAAAAUCGAAUCAUUAACCGAGCGGCCUGGAGUGUUAUGAACAUUACUUCUAUCUGUCAAUGACAGUAUUUAUCUGUGUCUCUAGGAGUGCCUACUUUAGUAUAAAUAUCGUUAGCUAGCCUUCUUCCUUGUGUUCAGUGGACGUUAGGUUUUCUACGACGGUAUUGCUCGCUCCCCCUCGAUACCUUCAAUUUCCCUUCCGAUCCGGGGAAGAGAUGGGGGGGGGGGGAUGGAGUGGGAGAUUUUGUAGUACUAAAAGUGGAAUGAUUUAUCUCGACCUAAUAUAUAUAUAGUAAAUUGAUGUCUUCUGUAGUGGCUUGGGUACUAA